AGCAAAUCGGACAAAAAUAAGUCGUGUGAGACGGGACGCGUUUGCAUCUUUCGUCAUCGAAUUCUCUCUUUAUUACCACCAAUAACAAUCUCCGUGAUUGGUUCUGUAUAAACGAUCCCUGACAAAAAGAGAGACAAAGAAUCCUAUUCGGAUCCGAUUGAUUUUUUGAAAUAUGGAGUCGGACAAUGGAAAGGGGUUGAUACUAGCAGUGGCGUCUAGUGCUUUCAUUGGUUCCAGCUUCAUCUUGAAGAAGAAAGGUCUCAAGCGAGCUGCUUCCAGUGGGACCCCUGCAGGUUAUGGAGGUUAUACAUACUUACUUGAGCCUCUUUGGUGGGCUGGCAUGGUCACUAUGAUUGUUGGAGAAGCUGCAAACUUUGUGGCCUACAUUUAUGCACCUGCUGUACUUGUCACUCCUCUUGGUGCUUUAAGCAUAAUCAUCAGUGCUGUUUUGGCACAUUUCCUGUUAAAAGAAAAACUUAAGAAAAUGGGGGUUCUUGGAUGUGUUUCUUGCAUCGUCGGCUCCGUUGUUAUUGUCAUUCACGCUCCUAAGGAGCAGACUCCUAACUCCGUCCAAGAAAUAUGGAAUCUGGCUACUCAGCCAGCUUUUCUAGUAUACGUAGCCGUAACCAUGUCUAUUGUCCUAGCUUUGAUUCUCCACUUUGAACCACUCUGCGGCCAAACAAACGUUCUGGUUUAUAUUGGAAUCUGUUCCUUAAUGGGUGCUCUAACUGUUAUGAGCAUAAAGGCCAUUGGAAUUGCGAUAAAAUUAACAAUGGAAGGAGUAAACCAGAUCGGGUAUCCACAGACAUGGAUUUUUUUCAUGGUUGCAGCAACCUGUGUCGUUACACAAUUAAUUUAUCUGAACAAGGCGUUGGAUACAUUCAAUGCAGCAAUUGUCUCUCCCGUGUAUUAUGUAAUGUUUACAACCCUCACAAUCGUUGCUAGUGCGAUUAUGUUCAAGGACUGGUCUGGGCAAGAUGCAGCCAGUAUAGCCUCUGAGAUAUGUGGAUUCAUCACUGUCCUCACAGGCACAAUGAUACUUCAUGGGACCAAGGAAGAGGAACAACAAGCUUCUUCAGGUGAUGGCAAUGGAGAUUUGAUAUUUGGGUCUUCAGAAACACUAAGAUGGUACGAAUCAAGAAAGAGCAGUAACGAAGAACACCUGAUAACCCUGUACAGUCCUGAAUACUAGAAAGAAGGUUCCAGUCCCAAAAUAGAUUUGAAAUGUGGCAAGAAGAAGCCUCGUGGAAUGAAAUGAUGAUAUAUUAGUUUUGUAUUUGUUUUUGUUUUUGUGGUAUAUUCUUUGUACAGACAAAAUUUUGUCUAAUUGAAACUCCACACAUUCUUUAUCUCUUCUUAGUACACACAGUACAGUUUCUUCUUCAUAUAUGGACUUUCGUCCCAAUAUACAUAGUAUGUAUCGUUUGUGUUGUAUCGGACUGCUCAGAGACCAAUUGGGCGUUCCCAAGACCGGUGAUGUCAUCGCUAGCGACAACGUUAUCGUUGUUACUAGAAAGGCUUUGUUUCAUUAAACUCGGAAGCGAUUCUUAGUAUCAUAUAUACAACAUUUACAAUACU